AAUUUUUAUGCGUGAUUAGUCAUUAAGAAACCAAUGAAAAAUGCAAAACUUACACAAACAUUUAUGAAAACCAAAAGCACCUAAAUUGGACCGUCCGUGCCUUGGAACUUGUAUCCAUAAUAAGCUAUAGUUCCAAUACCACCCAAGCAAAAGUGCGGAAAUGGCAUUGCAGCAGUACCUUCAUCCAUGCAAAUAUGUGUCUCUGAACAGAAUUUACAUGACGCAGUCAUCCAACAAUGGCCACAAGGAGAGUUUCCAAGAGGUGACGACGAGGCAAGGAAAGUCCCCGGCGGAGGAAUUCGCACCGCUUGCGACAACAUUCAGGCGGCGCCUACUUGUUGGUGUUGGUUCAGCUUCUCUAGUGGCUGUCGGUGCAAAUUUUGGUGGCUUAACUAGUUUUCUUCUGGGGUUAUCACCAGAGGGUGGUCGAAACUUGAAGCUGGAUGUGCUUUAUCCAAUUGAAGGAUUUAGUCGUCGCAUUGAAAAUAAUGAAGGAUUUGAGUUCAUAUACCCGGCAAGUUGGGUUGGAGAUCAAAGGCUGCUAUAUAGAGCAGCUGAGAGAUUGGAGAGAUCACUUGAUCCACUUCCCACGAGCCGUCUAAAAUCCAGCAAUCGUCCCCGCAAGAAUGUGAACGAACCAAUUGUUGCAUACGGUCCGCCUGGUUCGAGUGGUGAGCUCAACGUCAGUGUCAUUGUCUCACCAGUCCCCCUAGAAUUCUCAAUUGAAACAUUCGGAGGGCCAAAAGAGGUGGGAGAAGCUGUGAUUCGGACGAUCACAGGACAACGCCCUGAUGUGAAAGGAACUCUGAUAGAAUCAACUGUGAGGGAGGAUCCUUCCAAGAAUGUCAAGUACUACGAGCUGGAAUUCAGAGUCGAAAGCCCCUCGUUCCAGAGGCAUAAUGUUGCCGUUUGUUGUGCUCGUGGGGGUAGGCUCUUCACUCUGAAUGCCCAAGCAACAGAAUCGGCAUGGCCAGAGUUCCAGUCAGCCUUCUAUAGAAUUGCUAAUUCAUUUAGUCUUACCACUUGAUAUUGAGUUUCACUUCAGCUUCUUUCCAGG